CAUCCAACCCACCAGCACGGUCUAAUUCUCGAGCCUAGCACAUCACCGGCGGCACAUUGCCCAGCGCCGUGGAAAAGGGUAAGAAAGCCUACCCCAAAAAUCUCGCUUCUCGCCGUCGGCCGUCACCGCCGACGCCAUGAUCAGCAUCCUCGCGCAGGAGCGCCUCCUCGGGUUCGCCCUGGGCACCGUCUCCAUGGGCGGCCUCGUCCUUCACCAGCGACGCUCCAUCUACCGCUCCCUCGCCGAAGCUGACGGGUCCGCCUACUCUUUCCAGCCUAGUGAAAUCACCAUUCGAAGAGGCUCAACUGAAUUGGCUCAUGUAUGGAACAAGGCAGUGGACGAGACGCUUGGGCGACUUAUUGUAUACCUUAGCUCUCGUGGAUGGUGAUUCCAGCACUACAUUGAACAUGACAAGUGAGCAGAGGGGCGAGCAUGACUACCCGCUCCCGCCAUUGCUGUGCUAAAGCAUCACUGAUGUACUCUCAGAUGUUUCUUUGUAUCCAUAGCUGAAAAUAAUGUCUUCCUUUUGUUUAAAAGGUUGUCCAAGAUAAUGUUGGAUGGAUCGAUGACCUAUUUAUCUUGAACAAUGUUCAUUCUACAACAAAUCAGCAUGGUUCGUAGUCAAUUCAAAACCUAGUGUGAUCAAUUAGUUGUAUGGUUUGUGACAAUAUAUUCUGUUGCUGUCAA